GAGUGAAGACGUCGAGUCUUUGAAAGCGCAAAAUUAUUCACACAGAAAAUCAAAAUAAUUAAAAAAAAGUGAGUGAAAAAAAAUUAAUUAAUACACAAAAACAUCUAAAAAGAAGGAAAAAAAAUCCUGAAGUGGAAAAUAUUAAAAAAAAAUAAAUUAAAAUAAAAACAGUGAAAAAAUAAAAUAAAAUGAAACAAAAUUUAGAAGACAUGAAUAAAAAAUAUAUUACUAAAGAAUUCAUGGAGCAACAUCAAAUUAAUCAUCCAAUGACACCUCCGGCAUCGCCUCCUCUGGAUACAAGCCAGGGAUCUCUAAAGAAUUUGUCAGAAUGUGAAUUAAAGCGGAAAAUUUCUGAAAUGACAUCGGGUCUCGGUGUGACAACUCCCAAUCCCUCAGACAGCGAAGAUGAAAGCGGUUUGCCACCACGGAAGCGUAUGCAAGUGCGCGAUCCACGUACUUUCACACCGCCACCAACGUCGCCAGCCAGCUUGCCCGAAAGUGGAUUUUUCAGUGAUGACGAAAGCAAUUUGAGCAAUCAACAGGAAGAGAUGACGCGAAAAAUUGAAAAAGUUUUGGCGGACAAUGAAAAGGCGUUGCAAGCGAAUCCUUUGCCAAAAAUCAUCUCAAGUAGAGUACAAAGUGUCGCUCCAGCGACAGAGAGACCGAGUGUCAUCAUGAAAGCAAACAAAGACGGCACCACGACAACUUUCACCGAUUUGUGGAACAAAACGGCGGACCAUCACGAAAAUUUGUACCAAAAUUUAAAACUCAAACGGAAUCGUCGCAGCAGUGACAGCAUCUCCAGUGUCAGUAGUCUCGAUGAAAAAUUAGUUGUAAAGCACGAAAAUGCUCCCGUUAUCGAAAUGCCGUCAGUAACUACCCCAAAGCCAGUUCCUGUCAUGGCGGCGUCACCUUUACCCCUCAUCGCUCCCAAAAUCCCGCCCGGCCAACGAGUUUUUCUCGCACCCACAACCACUCCCUUCAUGUCGGGCAACAGUUUUAUCAUUCUAACGCAACCGGCACCCAUCCAAGUCAAUCUCACAAAACCCGCAGCACCACCAACAAAAACAUCUCCAGCCGCCACCCAAGAACGUCGUCGAAUUUUCGAGUGCGAUCAUCCAAAUUGCGGCAAAAAUUACUUCAAAUCGAGUCACUUGAAGGCGCAUCAACGCAUUCACACCGGCGAAAAACCCUUCAUUUGCAAGUGGGAAGACUGUCAUCGUCGGUUUUCGCGUUCCGACGAGUUGUCGCGCCACAAGCGGACGCAUACGGGCGAGAAAAAAUUCCAAUGCAGCAUUUGCGAACGGCGUUUCAUGCGAAGUGAUCACUUGUCGAAGCACGUUAAGCGACAUGCGAAAGACAAAAGCGGAAACGCGAGCAGAAUUCAAAUUGCGACAAUCAAUCAGCAGCAGCAGCAUCAACCGACAGCGACAUUCCUUCCCAUACAAUUUCAACUGCAAUCACCGAUAAAGGCGUAAAAAGACAUUCCAGUUAAUUUUUUUAGUGGGGGGAUGUUCGUUCAAUAUUUUUUUUAAGGGAUAGAUUUUAAUUUAAAAAUUCUAGUCAUUUUUGUUAAUUUUUCUAUAGAAAUUGAUAUUCAUUUCUUUUGUUAUAAAAAAAAAAUAAAUUAAUCGUAAAUUCUGUUAAAACUUUUUCAACAUAAAUUAAUUAUAAGAUUGAAAUCUGUGAUCUUUCAUUUUUAAGGUAAUUUGUAAAAAAAAAUAUUUCUAUGAAAAAAAAACUUUUCUCAUGAAGAUAAGAAAAAUACAUGAAAAAAAAUGAAUUACA